AAAGGUAUCCAAGCACUAGAUCUUUCGCGCAAUAACUUGUCUGGGCAGAUUCCAAAAUAUUUUGAAGAAUUUCAUUUCUUACAGUAUUUGAAUUUGUCAUUCAAUAAUUUCGAGGGCGAAGUGCCCAAAGGAGGGAUCUUUAGAAAUGCCAGCGCAAUUUCAGUUGUUGGAAACAGAAAACUGUGGAGGUAUCCCGGAACUACAAUUGCCGGCGUGCCUUAAGCAAGCUUCUAAGAAACGAGGAAAGCCCUUUUCUCCCAGAAUCAAAAUCACAGUUAUUAUUGUGGUGGUUUCAUCGGUAAUUCUCUUGUCGUGUAUCUUUGUCGCUCUUUAUUGGAGAAGAAAUUCUCCAAAGAAAGCUUCUUCUCCAUCUUCUACAGAGAAUCAGUGGCUACAAGUUUCUUAUGCGGAUCUCCUUCAAGCAACAGAUGGGUUUUCUUCAACUAAUUUAAUUGGUGUGGGAAGUUUUGGUUCUGUAUAUAAAGGAAUUCUUGAGUGCUUUGAAACACUUGUUGCAGUGAAGGUACUCAACCUCCUACAACAAGGAGCUUUUAAGAGUUUUGCAGCUGAAUGCGAAGCAUUAAGAAAUAUCCAACACCGAAAUCUUGUCAAGAUCUUAACGAAUUGCUCGAGUAUUGAUUUUAAUGGUAAUGAUUUCAAAGCUCUGGUGUUUGAGUACAUGCCUAAUGGUAGUCUGGAGAAGUGGUUGCAUCCAAAUGUAGAUGAACAACAUCAGUUGACGAAUUUGAAUCUUACUCAAAGACUAAAUAUAGCCAUUGAUGUGGCUAUGGCAUUAGAUUAUCUUCAUCAUCAUUCCCAAACACCAAUCGUUCAUCGGGACCUAAAACCAAGCAAUGUUCUUCUUGAUGAUGACAUGGUUGCCCAUGUGGGCGACUUUGGUUUAGCAAGGUUCCUCUCUGAAGCUGCAGAAAGUUGCUCUCAAAAUCAGACCAGCACAUCUGGGAUUAAAGGAUCUGUUGGGUAUAUUGCUCCAGAAUACGGGAUGGGUGGUAAAGCAUCCACACAUGGAGAUGUUUACAGUUAUGGGAUCCUUUUACUGGAGAUGAUCACGGGGAAGAGGCCAACUGAUGACAUGUUUAAGGACAAUCUAAGCCUUCGUCACUUUGCAAAGUCUGCUCUUCCAGAACAAGUAACGGCGAUUAUAGAUCCUGGACUUUUUGUAGAAGAUGCCAAAGCUAUUCAAGGCAGUGAAAGUAAUAACAAAUUGGGAAAUAGAACACAUGACUGCUUGGUUUCAUUGGUCAGAAUUGGUGUAUCAUGUUCUGCUGAAUCUCCAAGGGAACGAAUGGAGAUGAGAGACAUUGCGACGGAAAUGCAUGCAAUUAGAGACUUAUAUCUUGGGGUCAGGAUUCACUGACAUGGAUAAAAUAAGCCCUUAUUGUUAGGUCAUGGUUCCUCUUAUCUUAGUAUUAUAUUAGUAGUUAAAUUGAAGAAGAUUCUCACAUAAAAUAAAACUGCAUGAUUGUUUUCUUAUGAAGCUUGUAUGUUUGCAAUUGUACUU